AUGGCUGACUCUCUUCCUGAAAUGCAAUACCGGUUCCUCGGUAGAACCGGUCUGAAAGUCUCGGUAAUCUCGCUGGGUAGCUGGCUCACAUAUGGGGGACACGUCGGGAAUGAAACCGCCCUUGAGUGCAUGAAGGUUGCCUACGAUGCCGGCGUCAACUUCUUUGAUACCGCCGAGAAAUACUCAGACGGACAGUCAGAGAUCGUGCUCGGAGAGGCCAUCAAGAAAUUCGGCUGGAAGCAAAACGAUCUCGUCAUCUCCACCAAGAUUUACUGGGGCAGUGCCAACAGCGCAAACCCAGCCAGACCACUCAACAAUAACGGGCUCUCCCGCAAGCACAUUAUCGAGGGCAUGAACUUCUCUCUGCAGCGGCUAGCGCUGCCAUACGUAGAUGUUGUUUACGCACAUCGCCCAGACCGCGAUACCCCCAUGGAAGAGAUCGUCCGUGGUUUCAACUACCUCAUUGACAACGGCAAGGCUUUCUACUGGGGCACCUCGGAGUGGUCGGCCAGUGAGAUUUCAGACGCCUGGCGCAUUGCCGACAAACUCGGCCUUGUCGGUCCUGUUGUCGAGCAGCCGCAGUAUAACCUCCUCGCGCGUGAGCGUGUAGAGAAGGAGUACCGCUGGCUAUAUGAGUCACAUGGUCUCGGUCUGACGGUAUUCUCGCCAUUGAAGGGAGGUGUCUUGACGGGCAAGUAUAACCAUGCUGCUGCUCCUCCCCCUGGGUCACGGCUGGCAGAGUCGAAGGAUGUUUAUAUUCAAGGUCUACGGAAGACCGUUGGGGAUGAGACCUGGCAGCGUCAGCUGGAUCAGGUUGCGGCGUUGACGCCUAUCGCUGAGGAACUUGGUGUUUCGACGGCGCAGUUGGCGCUUGCGUGGAUUUUGAAAAAUCCCAAUAUCUCGUCAAUGAUUACGGGUGCAUCCAAGCCGCAGCAGGUCAUUGAUAAUAUUCAGGCUCUGGCGGUGGCGGAGAAGUUGACGGAUGAGAUUAUUGAGAAGAUUGAGAUUGCUGUUGGGAAUAAACCUGAUGUUGAGUCUCGGCGGUUUUAG